AUGAGAAGCUUCAUCAAACCCGUGUCUUCCAUUGUGUACAGAAGAAAAAUGUCGUCCCAAUUCUUUGCUGAUCACAAGCCUCCAAUUUGCUCUUUGAACGCCAAACAUCACUUCGAAAACUUGACGGAAAAAGAACAAAAAUACGCUUACUAUUUACACAAAGCCAGUCACUUGGGGUCCAGAGCUGUUUUGAAAUCCGUCAGUAAUGAAUCAAACUCCAUUUUCGAUUUGAUUCUUGAGUUCCACAAGAGCAUUGGUGGCGAUUAUCUGGCAUUGAAAUCAGAAUUUGGUGAUGACCAAGUCGAAGGCUAUUUGGAAUAUGCCAGUCAAUUCUUGGGAAAUUUGGGUAACUUCAAAUCUUUUGGGGAUGUGAAGUUCAUUCCAAGCAUUGAUGAGUCAGUGUUCACCAAAAUCAUCAAGUCCAGUAAUGAUGAUAAAAUCAUUUCCUUGUAUAAUGGUAUUAGCGCCAAGAUAUUCUCCACAAACGAAAAUGAUAUUUUGCUUGGUUUGAAUAAGGAUCAAUCUCAUAUUAACUCUUCAUACUACGUUGGGGCCCCCUUCACCGAUAACGAAAUCAAAACUGUCAACAGAGUUUUAACCACUCACAAAAUCUUCCCAGAAAACACCAGAGUGGAAAAGAUCUCCUCUAGCGAAUUCAAUUUGCUAAUUGCUUCUGGAGAAAAUUCAAACACAGUUCCAGAUGAGUACCCGGCUAAACCAAUUGAGUUCCAAAUCGAUGGCAAAAAUGCCACUUUGGCCAUGAAAUUCGGUGAUCACUCCGAACAAUUUGCUAAAAUUGCAGAAAAUUUCGAAAAGGCCAAAGCCGUCGCCGCCAAUGAAACUCAAGUUGCUAUGUUAGAUGCCUACGCUAAAUCCUUUAGAACUGGUUCAUUGGAAUCCCACAGAGAAUCUCAAAAGAAAUGGGUCAAAGAUAUUGGUCCAAAAGUGGAAAGUAACAUUGGUUUUAUCGAAACUUACAGAGAUCCAUAUGGAAUUAGAGGUGAGUGGGAAGGUUUAGUUAGUACUGUUAAUCAAGAAAGAACUGAAAAGUUUGGUAAUUUGGUUAACAACGCCGAAAAAUUCAUCAAGACUUUGCCAUGGGACAAAGCCUUCGAAAAAGAUACCUUCACUCCACCAGAUUUCACCUCUUUGGAAGUCAUUACUUUCGCUGGUAGUGGCAUUCCAGCAGGUAUCAAUAUUCCAAACUAUGAUGAUAUCAGAAUCAACAUUGGUUUCAAAAAUGUCAGUUUGGGUAAUAUUUUGAAUGCCAAAGAUUCAUCGAAUAAACCAGUCACCUUCAUUGAAGAAAAAUUGAAUGAGUUAUUCAAAUCCACCCAAGGUGAGGCCUUCGAGGUUCAGGUUGGUAUUCACGAAUUAUUGGGUCAUGGUUCUGGUAAAUUGUUGAUGCAGGAAACAGAUGAAAGGUAUAAUUUCGAUUCAUUGAAUCCCCCAUUAGGUCUUGAUGAUAAGCCAGUUAAAACUUUCUAUAAGAAAAAUACUACAUGGGGUUCAGUUUUCGGUCAACUAGCUGGUCCUUAUGAAGAAUGCCGUGCAGAAUCUGUCGCCAUGUAUUUGAUUACCAACCGUGAAUUAUUGAGUAUCUUUGGUAUUACUGACAAAAAGAGACAAGAUGAAAUUAUCCACAUCGGAUACUUGUUGAUGGCCAGAGCCGGUUUGGUCGGUUUAGAAUUCUGGGAUCCAAACACUAAGAAAUGGGGUCAACCACACAUGCAAGCUAGAUUCUCCAUAUUGAAGACCUUCUUGGAAGCUGGUGAAGACUUUGUUAAGUUCAAAUACAGUGACAAAGAAAACUUUUCUGAUUUAAGGAUUGUUUUGGAUGAAUCCAAGAUUGAAACUGUUGGUCAGCCUGCUAUCGGCAAAUAUUUGAAAGAAUUACAUGUCUUCAAGUGUAGUGCUGACUUUGAAGGUGGCUCUAAGUUGUUCUUGGAUAGAAGCAGUGUUCCAGAAGAUAUUGCGAAAUUCAGAGACGUUGUGUUAUCUAAGAAGUUGCCAAGAAAGCAAUUUGUUCAACCAAACAUCAUUUUAAAGGAAGGCAACACUCUCGAGUACAAAGAAUAUCCAUUGACUUCCGAAGGUAUGAUCCAAAGUUUUGUUGAGAGAGAAGUUUAA